GUCAGACGCUUUCCAAGACAUCGCAGAAUUCAAUCGUGACGGAUCCACUCUACUCCAUUCCACUCCUGUUUAAGAUUCCGCAGCUGAAAAAAAAAAAAAAAAAGACAAGACGGCGCUUGCUUGCUUGUUUUUGCCCGUGCCGCAUCAUCCCCUUUUUAUUUUUUUGUUUUUGUUUUUUACUUAUUGCACGGGAAAAAAACAAAACAAACCCUGGAAUCUAGUGGUUUCCCUGUUGUAGGAAUCAAGUUUAUCACAGGAGGAGUUUACAGUUACAAUGACAGCUACAAAGGAACAGACGGCCCAGAGACCGAACCAGCCGCAGCAGGAUGAGGACCUGGGUGGAGUGAGUCCUCCUCAAAGGAACUGGAAGGGGAUUGCCAUCGCUUUGCUGGUCAUCCUGGUGGUCUGCUCUCUCAUCACCAUGUCUGUCAUCCUCCUCACACCAGAUGACAAUCAAGCUGGAAGUGAUACCAAACUGACUGUGGAGGAUCUGUUCAAACCAGAGUUCAGAGCCCAUGACCCCGAAGUCAAAUGGAUCAAUGACUCAGAAGUCAUCUACAGAAAUAGCGAUGGCCACGUCAUUAAGUUCAACAUCCUCACCAAUGAAACGGAAAUCAUCCUGACAAACACAACAUUUAUAAAUUUCAACGUGGCCAAGUACUCGCUGUCCCCUGACCUGAAAUACGUCCUCUUCGCUUACGAUGUGAAACAGGUUUACCGUCACUCCUACAUGGCCUCCUACAGCAUCUACAAUAUUCACACAAGGGAGGUUUGGGAGCUGGACCCUCCGGAGGUGGUGAACUCAGUCUUACAGUACGCUGCCUGGGGCGUCCAAGGACAACAGCUGAUCUACAUAUUUGAAAAUAACAUCUACUACCAAUCUGAUGUGAAGAGUAACUCCCUCAGACUAACGUCCUCGGGGAAGGAUGGAGUCAUCUUCAAUGGUAUUGCUGACUGGGUCUAUGAAGAGGAGAUCCUCCAGACCCAUGUGGCUCACUGGUGGUCCCCUGACGGAGAGCGGUUGGCCUUUCUGGUGCUUAAUGACAGCCUGGUUCCCAACAUGGCUGUACCACGCUUCACAGGCAUGACAUACCCCAAAGGCAAGCAGUACCCCUACCCCAAGGCUGGUCAACCCAACCCGGCAGUGAAGCUUUAUGUCGUCAAUCUUUACGGGCCGACGCACACGCUGGAGCUGAUGCCUCCUGAGAGUCUGAAGCUGCGAGAACAUUAUGUGACCAUGGUCAAGUGGAUCAGCAAGACAAAGACAUCAGUUCGAUGGUUGAACCGGGCGCAGAAUAUCUCCAUUCUGACUGUGUGCGACACCACCACUGGAGCCUGUGUCACGAGACAUGAAGAAAGCUCAGAACUGUGGCUUUCCAAGCAGAACCAGGAACCUGUGUUCUCCAAGGACAGCAGCAGAUUCUUCCUGACUGUACCGGUCAAACAAGGAGGACGUGGAGAGUUUCAUCACAUCGCCAUGUUUACCACACAGUUCAGAGCAGAUCAAAACGAAGUCCGACAUCUAACGUCAGGAAACUGGGAGGUGACCAAGAUCAUAGCCUAUGACGAGAACACUGACAACCUUUACUUCUUGAGUACAGAGGGUUCACCACGAAGACGGCAACUUUUCAGUGUUAAAACAGUGGGUCUGUUCCCCCGGCGAUGUUUAACCUGUGAGUUAAAUAAGGCUCACUGUCUAUACUUCGAUGCCGACAUCAGUCCGACAAACCAGCACAUCAUCCUUCACUGUAAAGGUCCCGGAGCACCGACUGUGAUCCUGCACAGCCUUAAUAAUUCAAAUUAUUACAUCCUUGAGAACAACUCUCUCCUGAAGGCAGCCUUGAGGUACAAAAGGAUCCAACUUUCUGACUUCAGGACUGUUCCAAUUGAACAUUUUGAUUUACCUCUGAAGAUCUCUUACCCACCGGACUUCUCAGAUUCACGUCACUAUGGACUACUGCUGGUGGUUGACGGCUUCCCCGGUGGUCAGGCUGUGAGUGACCGUUUUACUCUCAGCUGGGACUCUGUGCUGGUCAGCUCCGACAAUGUCAUCGUGGCUCGUCUGGACGGUCGGGGCAGCGGCUUCCAAGGCCAGAGGAUCCUCCAUGAGGUUCAUCAGAGACUGGGGACGGUUGAUGUUCAGGACCAGAUCGCUGCAGUCGAAUACAUGAUGAAAUUUCCAUAUAUUGAUCGGACGCGGAUAGCAGUGUUUGGAAAGGGUUACGGAGCGUACAUAACGUUAAUGAUGCUGAAGUCUACGGACAGCCUCUUCAAAUGUGCGUGUGCAAUGUCACCCGUGACGGACUGGAAACUCUACGCAUCAGCGUUCUCUGAGCGGUACCUUGGCAUGCCAUUACGGGAUGACAGCAGAUAUCAGUUUUCCAGUGUGCUGCAGAAUGUUCAAGCACUUAGAGAGCAGACACUAAUGCUGGUGCAUGGAACGGCAGAUGCCAACAUCCACUUCCAGCAUACUGCUGAGCUGGUCAAGAACCUUGUGAAAGUUGGAGCAAACUACUCAAUGCAGAUCUACCCAGACGAGGGCCACUUCCUGUCCAAACAAAGUCGCCAGCACCUCUACGCCACGCUGACCAGCUUCUACAGGGAUUGUCUGAAGGAGGAGUUACUACCGUUGCCCGAUGAUGAGGAAGAGGAGGAAGAGUAGGAGGAAGGUUUAGGAGAGUCAGACCUUUGGCAGAGAUUGAAGAAUUUUGCUAAACUCCGUCAAAGCCUUUCGCAUUUGGACCAAGUGUUUAGCCAGACAUGGACAGUGGGUUAGAGCUGCUGAUGCUCUACAGCGUGUGGAUGUGUGUGUGUGUGUGUGUGUGUGUGUGUGUGUGUGUGUGUGUGAAUAUGUGUGUGACUGUGUAUGCCAGUGUAUAAAUACCUAAAGGACACGUGUUGAAUACAGUGUCACUAGCUAGGUCUUGAGGCGGGAGCUGCCCUUUAGCGUGAAGUCUUAUCAGUUUCAGUGCUCCAGUUUUUGGCGAAGCACCCCCAAAAGGCUGCCUCCGUCUCCUGCAGGCUCUUUGGGCUGUAGUGACCCACACUUAACCAAGCGCAUGGUUACUUUUUCCUCCCCCUCCUCUUUUGAUUUGGUUUCACCCAUUUUUGCCAUGUUAGCCUCUUUCCUCGUAGCACUUGGGAUGAAAAGAUCACAGAUGUAAACCCUUCUCACCUCUCCUUUAGUUGUUGUAUUGUCGCACAAGGAAAUGCUGUCAUGCAGUCAUCUACGAACACGUUGAGUCACAUAAGCUCAUCACGGCGACCAAGCUGACCCUGAACAAGUGCAAUUCCUGCUGAAAACCCUCUGCCAUCGCCCGCCCUAAAUGAAACGGUCUUGAUAAGUCACACUUCUAUUGUACAGGGGUCUUGUGUAGACAUGUACAAUGCCUUAUGAGCUUGGACAUACUGUAGUAUUACUUGCUAGCAGUGGUAUAGUCAUUCAGUAGCGGUGUCAUGUUAACCUAUGUCAACUCAGGUCCUCGAGACACAGCAUUGGCGUUUGUCUAAUAUCUGAAACAGCUCCAACAUAAAGUCAGCUGUACACUCAUGGUUACAUUUGGAAUUCUGUAUGAAGAUAAUGAGUAUUGACCAUUUAUUCAAUUUUUGGUCACACUGCAGAAGUUCUCCAUCUUAAUACGUCAUUUUAAUGUUUGGUUUUUUAUAAGAACUUUUCAGUGCGGAUCAGCCUGAUUCCAGUGAGUCAGCUCGUCUCGGCGUAUUCGAUAAAUUAAUUUCUAGUGAUAGAGGUUCACAGAAGAUCACAGUGCUUUUCUAUAACAACCAUAUUAAAAAAAGCAGAGGGGUGGAAACUACUGAAGCCCGUUUCUGUUACUGUGAUGAACAAAGACAAGAUCCUGUAAGUCGAAAUAAUGAGAAAAAUCAUUAUGGUCAUACCUUACCUCAGAGUAAAGACUUAGCAUCUCAAAAAAACAAGAUGCUUCCUGGAAUGAUGGUGUCAAUUUGGUUCAUUAUUUUACCUUACAGGAUUUUUUACUCUGAUUCAAGACCUUUCUUGAACUUAGGAGAAAAUCUAUUUUAGAUUCUCUCUUAUUUCAAGAAACUAUUAUUUAAUUUCAGUGUAAAUUCACAAAAAGUGGCAUACUAAGAUGGACAAUUGUACAGUGUACGUAAGGUGUUUGCAUGUCUACAGGGAAUGUGUCAAGUGUUGCCACAUUUUGUACAGUACAAUACAGCAGAGUGUGUAUAUAAAUAUAUUUUUGAGAUCUCAGAUCUCAUAGGAAGUUUAGUCUAUGGGGAUGGAUUUAUUUGAACUGGAUGUCUUGUAUUAUUAUUAUUAAUAUUAUUAAUAAUAUUAUAAUUAUUAUUAUUCAUAUUAUUUUUCUGUUUUCCUUUCAGCUGUUGAUUUUCUUCUUAGGAUGGAUUUUGUAAUGCUUGUUCUUGUUCUUUUUUGCUGUUUUAAAGGGGAAAGGGCAAGGGUAAGGUUUUGGGGUUAUUGUGAUUGUCCUCUAGUGAUGAUUAUAAAAUAAAAACCAUGGAAAACAAA